AUGGCAAUUCCACUCAUUCGUUUAAGCCUUUUGGCUCUUCUAGCUACAGCCUCUUCUAUAUCCUCCCCGCCCGUUCAAGAUCCAGAACUAGUAGUGCAAGAAGUGAAUAAGAACAUCAGCACCGCCUCAAGGAGAAAAUUAGCCUAUCUGUCUUGUGCGACAGGGAAUCCCAUUGAUGAUUGCUGGAGGUGCGACCCAAAAUGGGAGCAGAACAGGAAACGGCUUGCGGAUUGUGCUAUUGGAUUUGGAAAGCGUGCAAUCGGCGGCAAGAACGGCAAAAUAUAUGUGGUCACGGAUGCCGGAAAUGAUGACCCUGUGAACCCCAAGCCAGGCACUCUGAGGCACGCCGUGAUCCAAGAUCGGCCUCUGUGGAUCAUUUUCAAGCGUGACAUGGUGAUCAAGCUGAAGCAAGAGCUGAUUAUGAAUUCGUUCAAGACGAUCGAUGGCCGUGGCGCAAGCGUGCACAUUGCCGGGGGACCAUGCAUUACUAUUCAGUACGUGACCAACAUUAUCAUUCAUGGCAUCAACGUUCAUGACUGCAAGCAAGGUGGGAAUGCUUACGUGAGGGACUCUCCAAGCCAUUAUGGCUGGAGGACUAAGUCGGACGGCGAUGGCAUCUCGAUCUUCGGUGGAAGCCAUGUUUGGGUGGAUCAUUGCUCUCUGUCUAAUUGCCGUGAUGGUUUAAUUGAUGCCAUUCAUGGAUCUACAGCCAUCACCAUCUCCAACAAUUACAUGAUCCACCAUGACAAGGUCAUGCUCUUGGGUCACAGUGAUUCCUAUAAACAAGACAAAAAUAUGCAAGUCACUAUAGCCUUCAACCAUUUUGGAGAAGGGCUUGUGCAAAGGAUGCCAAGGUGUAGACAUGGUUAUUUCCAUGUGGUUAACAAUGACUACUCCCAUUGGAUAAAGUAUGCAAUCGGUGGCAGUGCCGCUCCAACUAUUAACAGCCAAGGAAACAGAUUUCUUGCUCCUAAUAGCAGAUAUAACAAGGAGGUUACCAAACACGAGAAUGCACCACAGAGCGUGUGGAAGAAUUGGAACUGGAGAUCCAAAGGAGAUUUGCUAUUGAAUGGGGCUUUCUUCACUCCCUCAGGGGCUGGAGCAUCUUCAAGUUACGCCAAGGCAUCAAGCUUGAGUGCAAAAUCAUCUUCGCUCGUGAGUGCAAUCACAGCCGGAGCGGGUGCACUCAAGUGCAAGAAGGGCUCGUAUUGCUGAUGAUUAUGAGUACGUACUGGCGCCUGUGAUUACUUAGAGAGCCCGGCUCCCCAUAAA